AUGUUGACUAGUAAAAUGUGUGAUCAGUUUGAUACUAUGUGGAGGGUUUUUCCCGAUGAAUUGAAGAAUUCUGGAGAAUAUGAUUUUAAAGGUGGAUCACUCAAUAGCUACUUCCCUAAUAAAAAAUAUGGAAAUGAUAUCGAUAAGAUUAAUGCUGGAUGUUUAUGGUUAUUUAAACAAUUUUAUGGAAGUCCAUAUAAUUUUUCGAGUAAUGCAAAUGGAAAUAUGAAUAUUGUUACAUACAUUAUGACAUGGAUAAGUUAUAAGUUAAAUCAAAAACCGCAAGACGGAAUCACCAAAUUUAACGAUUUUUAUAGUAGACACAUAAAAACUGUCGAUGAAUAUAAUAAUUCUAUAGAGGAUUCUACGGAAUAUACAAGUUAUAUUGACCUUAUGAAUAAAAAACAAAAAUUGAUGGAUAUUGAUAUUAGUGAUAUGUCUAAAUUUUAUAAUUUAUUUAAAAUCUUAUGCAAUGUGAUUAAUAAUGCUGGUAAGAAAGACGUUAGCAAAACAUAUUUAGAAUAUGCUGAUGAAUUUGUUACUGAAUAUCAAAAACUCAUUAAUAAUAAUAAUACUGAUACUGAAAACAGUUCAUACAGUCAAUUAUUGUCUACAUUAUCAAAUGAUUAUAAUGGGUUUGGAAAAAACAAAAUUGGUAAUACAUCAAUAAAUCUUCCUUCUCUACCAACAGAAAAAACAGAUGAAAAUGUUGGUAUAUCAGAUUCUAAAGAAACAAUAACUGUCUCCUCGAGUGAAAUGCCGGAAUCAGGUUCUAAAAUUGAAAUAUUAGAUUCUAAUUCAACAUCAUCAAGUUCAUCGAUAUUAAAUAAAUUAAUUUUAAUUCCAAUUAUAUUUGUUGCAACAUUAAUUUUAUUAGGAAUUGCAUAUAAGUAUUCAUUAUUUGGAUUUCGGAAACGAUCUCAAAAACAAUAUUUAAGAGAGAAGCUAAAAAAAUAA